AGUUUAGUUAACUCUAUAACUGGUGUCAACUGUAGUAAACCACUUGUUAUGCAAUAAAAUGUUUUUAUAAUGUGAAUCAAGUGUUAUGUAAUAGCAAUGCAUUUAACCGCAGAUUAGACACAAUUAGCGGUCACCGAUGGACUCGUCGAAAGGUCACCGAAACAAUGAGGACGACUUGUAUUCGCUAAGCGACGGCAACACGAGUUGCGACAAUACAAUCGGUUCGUAUCGGUCGAGUGCCCGGACGUCCAUUUCCUCAUAUGAUUUCACACCGAUCGAGACGCCGGGUGAUUGGUCGCCACGAUUACCGCGAAAGGCCAUUGCUAAAAACAAUCAGGUCCUACAGCUGUCGGAGGACACAACCACAUGGAAAGUGGUACACAAACGUAGCAAACGAUCGCCGCGUAAACAACAGAUUCAAAACUCGACGGCCAAAAUGCAGGCCAUUCUUAUGAAAGGAAAUGCACCCGAGUUUCGGUUUCGGAUUGUCGUCGGACUUAUCCUAAUAGCUAUUGUUAUUAUUAUAUUGAGUACAAGAUAUUUCUAUAAUCGUAAUCGUAUUUUGAUGGCCAUCAGAGACAGAAUCUUCUUCAUUAAAGAAGAACGACAUCUAAACUUAUUGGACAGUGAAGGUCACGAUUUGUUGCACAUAGAGUUUGGUCUCAAUAUUCCGCCCGACAUUCCGCCCGUCAAUUGCAAGACAAUCGAAAAGAAUAUGCGAUUGUGUUUUGAUUGGAAAUAUAGGGCACAUCUGAGUCUUCAACACAAACAUUAUGACAAAGCCAUCACUUGUUAUGAUAUCAAAUGGAAAAGCUAUGAAAAGUAUGCAAUUCUUAAAGAUUGCUUUGAUAUGAGUGAUAGCUUUUGGUACGGUAUGGGAGAUGUUAGCGGACUCAAGUGGCCACUCAAUGAUAUGUCUUUAGAAGACUCGCCAUUUAUGACCAGCCAUUCAACUGAUUCUGAUAAUCCAUUUGGUUCUUUGAUUGGUAGACAUUGGUUCUCAUCGAAAGGUAUAACAAUAAGUGUGGGACUAAAUGUUCCCCUAUUUGUCAGUUUAAACAGUAGUGAAGAUCCAAACAAACUUUGUUUCAUAUCAAAGAAACAGUUCCCCUAUUAUGUGCUCAAUAAGGAUGAUAUUUAUGCGCACUUGGAGUACACUAUAUGCACGGCUCCUCGUCUUCCAGAUCUUCAAAAUCAUUUAAUUGAAAAUUUUCCAAAAAAAGAAACCAAAGAUACCAUUGUUGAGUCCAAUUCUAGCGUCGCAGAAGAUCCCGAAGAAUACACAUUUCUUGAACGACAUAUUUGGGCGACAGAUAUGAAUGUUAUGUCCAAUUUUACCCACCAAUCAGUUCAGUCAUAUGUGGACCGAAUAACGAGUUACGGUUUCGAGCCGGGAAUCAUAUUACUUGACUCCCGAUGGGAGAACAUAAUCGGCAAUUUAAAACUAAAUAAGACAUUGUUUGCCACGCCAUCAGUUUUGAUCAAUAUUCUCCAUAACAAAGGCUUCAAAAUAUUUCUUACAAUUACACCGAACAUCGAUUUACGUUCCGAUACGCUGGUCAACGCCCGACUCAAUCAUCGACUAUUGCGCGAUAAUCGACUCAAUGUACCGCUACUGACCAGAUGUGGCAACAAUAAUGAAUUUAUUUGCGGUUUAAUUAAUUUGACAAACGCUGACAAUAGAGAAUGGUUUAGAAAUCGUUUGGUCGACGAACUGAUCACCGGUUUGUCAAUCGAUGGCUUUCUGUUUGUUGGCGGACAGUCAUCAUUAAUGCCACGACAUAUGAAUGUCGACAAAAGUAUAAAUCCAGACUAUUAUCUGAAUUAUAUGAAACGAUUGGCCAUUAAUACAACUAACUUGAUUGGAACAACUAGUUCUGUGGAUGCAAAACAAUUUGACGGUUUCGUUAAAAUACUUCCUCGAAAGUCUUCGUGGCAAUCGUUGAGAUCAUUAAUACCAACUGUUCUAUCGCUGAGUUUAAUGGGCUAUCCAUUGGUUAACACGGGUUCUGUCGGAGGAGUACGUGCGCCGAACGAAACCAGUUAUAACAAAGAAUUAUACAUUCGAUGGUUACAAGUGACGACAUUUUUUCCUGUCAUUCAAUUUGGUGAACCCGAUAGCGAUCCAGAAAGUCUUAAAAUAACCAAAAGAUUGUUAAAACAAAGAGAUGAGUUAAUAUUGCCGGCGAUGAAGAAAUGUUUGAAAGAAUUCCAGAGGAAUGGAUCGCCAAUUAUAAGACCAAUGUGGUGGACACAACCGGAUGACAGUUUUGACGCCUAUAUUAUUGACGACCAGUUUUCUAUCGGCAACGAUAUUAUAGUGGCGCCUGUGGUAGACGAAGGACACACUGAAAGAGAUAUAUUUUUGCCGAACGGCUGGUGGAAGGAUGAGAUCUCGAUGCAAGUGAUCAGAGGCGGCAAAUGGAUGCGCAAAUAUCAGGUACCAGUAGACAAAGUGGCCGUUUUUAUUAGGACUGAGUCGUCGUCUACCAGUGUUUGAUAUUGUGAUAGCAUUUGUCGUUUUACCGUAUGUUAUGUUGUGAACAAAUUAUGAGUUUGUUUUUACCGUAAACUAAAAUUUUAUAUAUUUU